AUGUCUAGCCCAAUAAACAAAUCUAAAGAGUCGAAGGAUUUGAUUGAUUUUGAUUGCGAUUUUAACAGUCCUACUCAUAAGUUUUCAGAGAUACAGUUAAUGUUCGACCCCUUAAUUCCGACGUCUGUUACUUCAGAUAAAAACAAAAGAAAUGGCCAUGUUUUUCUCAAUCCUUAUGCCGAGCCUUCGGAUACCUCAAAUGAAUGCAAAACUGAACAUUCGCCUUUCGAUUUGAUGUUGGAUUAUUCAUCAGGUCCCAUUGGAUCUCAUCUCGUGAAACCAGAUGAAUUACUUCUGCCUCACACAGUAAAGGAUGCUGAUAAUGUUCUUAAAGAUGAAAAUUUCCAUUUAUCAAAUAAAAAGCUUAUUUUUCCAUCGGUUAUGGAUGUGCAAUACAAUACCUGUUCAGCGAAGCCACAAGUUAGCACCAGUUCAGAAAUUGAUUUGAAAGGAAAUCAACAUGAUUUGUUUUCAUUUUCUCAAACUGUUACUCCAUGGUGCCUUCGCAAGGAUGACAAAAAUAAUCCUCAUUGUACAACGAUUAAUCAAGAAGGAUUGUCUUCAACAACACAACUGACUCAUUUUAUUGCUAACAGUCAACCUACAGACGAAUUGAAACUAUUUGUUAGUUUUGUUCAAAGCCUGCGACGGCAAAAGUAUAAUAAGCCAAAUACGUCUACAUUAAUCAGUGAUCUUGAUAGUGAUUCUAAACAAAAUGAAAACAUUUCCGCACCUGUGUAUUCACCUCCAGACACUUGGGCAUAUGAUUGUGUCUAUAGUGAUUCUGUUACAAAUGUAAUGUUAAAAAAUUCGCACACAAGCAUUAAUUUACUUUCGUUAACUUCUAGUUCAGCUGAAUAUCAACAGAUGAAUCCGUUAUGGAAGACAGAAACUGCCGCUUCUAAUGUAUCAUAUAUAUAUCCUAAAUGUAAAGAAUAUUUCGGUUCUCAAAAUAACACUCCUGCUCAUUGGACUAAUACACCACGUUGGUGUAUUCCUCAAUUAGAAGUACGCAUUACAGCGCAUUUAAAUACUAGAAAAAAGUCAUAUCAAAGUUUCACUACAAAUAACUCAAAUUCAGUCAAUUCAGAAACUACGAAUAAUUCUCCAGUCAAUCCUCGGUUACGUUUAGUUUGUGAUCCUACAUCCACAUUAGUCAAUGAACUUAUGUUGGAAGCACUUGCUAACGAUUUAAUUCCACAAGAAAUUGUUCUGGAUGUCAAUCAUUUUCAAUUACGUCUUCAAGGAAGAGCUGAACUAUUACGUCCAGAUGCUCGUUUAUGUGAUUGUUAUCAGGUUCAGCUCUGUCAUCGAUUGGAUCAACCACUAAGAUUAAUUUUAGAACCAAAAGACGUUGAUCAACCAUAUAUAGAAAAAACUCUCAGUACCAAUGAACAAUUCAUUCCUCAGAAUUUCUUCACAAAUAAUCGACCAACACCUACUGAAGAAGAUAUAUUCAUCAGUUAUAGCGUAUUUCAAAAUGCGCUGGAAAAGUUUCGAUCAUGUAUUGUGGAAAAUUAUGCACAAGUGGAUAGUGAAUCAUGGUUAAAAGAUGUUCACUGUGCCAGUUCAAGUUUAUGUCAGUCAGUAAAAGCUGUUUUAGCAGCUGUCUGUUAUGGUAUGGCUUUUUCUGAUGUUAUCAAUGCAUUAGGAAACAUACAAGUGUGUAUAAUGGAUAUUGUAUAUGAUAUUGGUUUAAAUAAUAAAGUAACCGGUUUCAAGCGUCACGAUAAUAAAAAUUUUAACAGCUUUCGUAGCGAUAGUCAACAGAAUACUACACAGGAAAAUUGGUUUUCAUCAUCCUAUAAGCGAAAACAGACCAGGACUUCUCCAACACUUGUAUCCAAUCUUCAGUCCACCCUUAAAAACACAAGCAAAACACUAGUCAAUUUAAAACGUGAUAUAAAGCCGCAAUCAAGAAAGAAACUACAUAAUUUGAUUUUAUCGUUGACGAAAAAUCUUCUCUGUCAACUAAGUGCAUUUUUUAUAUGGCGUCAAGUUAAUAUCUCAGUAAAUCCUCACUUAAUUGGGAAUAGUAAUUUUUUAUCCAAUGGUGUAUCGAAUGAAUCAUUUAGUUAUCUGACUAAUAAACAGCUUUAUCAUACCAAAAAUGGACGCCCUAAAGCUAUGCUCAUAACAGAUGAUGUUGAUGGCGAAUUUUUCAAUGAUCGUCAACAGUCUGAACAGAAAAAAGAAGUGAAAAGUUCCAUCGAUUGUUUGGAUGCUAUAGUCGUUGGGCUUAUCGCUAUACACAAUCCUCCACCACGUAAAACAAUUGGAGCCUAUAAUUCAAAUGUAAUCAGUAACAAUACAACUGGUAAUUCAUCUUUAUCUAGUUCAUCAUCUCCUAGUCAAACCAAUCCUAAUACAUCGUCAACGAGAACAGAUGGCUAUUAUUGUGUACGUCUUGGUUUAGUGUACGCUGGACGACCACUAAGCAAGGUAUAUCCCAGUGCAUUGACUACUCAUCAUGACAAUAUAAAUGAUAAUCAUUAUAAAUCAUCACCUUAUAAAAAUCACGCGAAGGAAAUUUCUUGGACUAGCAAUCAUUUAUCACGUGACAGUCAAAAUAAAUGCACUAGAGAUUAUUUCAUCAGUGAUCCUGGUCGUUAUCAGACAAUUCAAUCCGGUUUUCCUAAAGUUUUACAAUUUGACCAGUGGUUUAAAUUCCCAAGUUUCACUAUUAGUCAACUUCCACGAGAAGCAAUGUUAGCUAUUAGUUUAUUUUGGUGUAAGAAAUUGAAUACGGACAAUUCUGAUGUUGACGGGACGUUAAUCGGUUGGGUGAAUUUACCAUUAUUCGAUAUAAAUGGUCGAUUAAAACAAAACACAAUGAUUGUUGGUCUUUGGCCACCAUCUGAAUUAAUGCAUGAAUAUCGGCCUACAUGGUCCCAAUCAAAUAGUUCACCAGGAUGUCCAGUUGUACAGCUUUGUUUUCCUGAAUAUCAAUAUGAAAUUGAAUUCCCUGUCAUUAUCCAAUCGGAAAGUGAAUUGGAGAACUCUAAUGAAAUACAAGUUUCAUCGUUUCAUUCACUUUGUUCCGAUGCAAAACAGUCGAUAAAUGAAGCUAAAUCUGCUAUUUUCAUGCAAAUAUUAAAUCCAGAAUUAUCAUUUAAAUCUGUUGAUGGAUGUUUAAUGGCUUAUAGUGCAGCAUCAUCAUCAGUGCAUCUAUCUAAACGACAAGAACGUGUCCCAAUCCCUGUCUUACAUUUAGCUGUACUCAAUUCUAUGAAUUCAUCUUUUAAUCAGUACAACGGAAAUGUGAUUGGGAAUAUUAGUUGCAACAGUGGUAUCAGCGGUAGUGGUAGUGGAUCAAGUGGCCAUCUUGGCAACAACUCUAAUUCCAGUAAUAAUAAUAAUAAUAACACUAAUAGUUGUAAUAGUAGUAAUAAUAGUAUUAGUAAUAAUUUAACAACAUGUAAUAUCAAUUCAGUCGCUUGUUAUCUACCAUGUCCACCUGCAAUCGCUAUUGAAGUUUUAUGGAAUUUACGUUAUUCUAUAUGUGAUGUACCUGAUGCUAUGAUUGCAUUUGUUAUCAGUUGUCCAGUUAGUUGGCCACAAGCAACAAGACAGAAUUUAAAAAGUUAUACAGAUAAAUGGUGUUGGCAAAAAUUACUGAAAGAAAUAUACAGUCUUUUAGCAGUCACUCCAGUACCUUAUCCUGGUCUCAUUCUACGUCUACUUUCAUCGGAUGUUGCAGAUCAAGGUAUACGUCAUUGGGCUACUAGAGCAUUGUCAUUACUGUCAUCAGAUAAUCUUCUUUUAUAUCUUCCUCAAAUAAUUGAGGCUGUAAACCAUGAUUUAUACCUUGAUUAUUCUGGUUUAGUAAGUUUACUCUUAUAUAGAGCUGCAUUUUCAAUGCGAUUCGCCAAUUCUUUAUAUUGGUAUCUUUAUCCAAUGCUACAUCAUCCUCAACCAUUAUCUGAAUGGAAAUUACAACGUUUUCGUUUUAUUCAAGCCGCUCUAUAUUGGAAUGCAAAUUCUAGACUACAUGCUAUGUGGAAACGUCAAGAGGAAAUGAUUAAUCAUUUGUCUGUAACUGCAACAAAAGUUAAACAGGCUCGACCAAACGCUUCAGUUCGUGAAAAUAUUCUUUAUACGCAUCUAAAACGGUUUAUGUCUGAACUCUCUAAAAGCUACCAUGAUAUAUCGUCAUCAUCAUCGCACAUUGAAACAACAGAUAAAAACAUUUCAAUGUUACGAUCCAAUUCUUGGGCAGAUGAUCAGUUGAUCAGUGAUUUCUCCAAACUAGAUUCAGAAUGGUCAAGAAACAAAUCUGCCGAUAAUAUUCUAAGUGAAUAUCAACUAUCCCAAUAUGAUCUUGGCUUGAGAAUGCCAUAUAACCCUGGACUAAUAACUCAUAGACUUGACAUUACUGCUUGUUCUUACUUUACAUCAUUCACUUGUCCAUUGAGACUUGUAUUUCAUGCAUUGGAUGCCGGUACUGAACCAUUUAUGGUUAUGUUUAAGGUUGGUGAUGAUUUACGCCUGGAUAGUUUAAUCUGUCAGCUGACUUUUCUUAUGGAUCGAAUAUGGUUAGAUGCUGGAUUAGAUUUACGCAUGAUUCAUUUUCGUAUUCUGCCAACCGAAGAACAAAAAGGUUUUAUUGAAUUGGUUUCAGAAUGUAGUACACUUCGACAGAUUCAACAACAAGGUGGUGGUUUAACUGGACCUUUCAAAGAAGGUGUUAUCACGAAAUGGUUGCAAUCACAAAAUAUUACUGAAUUGGAUUAUAAACGAGCUUUAGAUAAUUUUCUACGUUCAUUGGCUGGAUGCUGUGUAGCAACGUAUAUACUCGGUGUCGGUGAUCGGCAUAAUGACAAUAUUAUGAUACGUUUUUCUGGCCAUGUAUUUCAUGUUGAUUUUUCUAAGGUAUUUGGAAAUAGCCAGACAUUUGCUGGUAUUAAAAGAGAUCGUGUACCUUUCGUGUUGACACAAGAUAUGUUACACGUGUUAAAUACUUAUUCUAAAGAUGUAACAAAUUUACCGUAUGGUGUAAAUAAUUCAUCAGGAUUUGGUUAUACACCAGGUCAUGGGUCUAGUCAUUCACAACAAGGUGUACAAAUCUUUAUUGACAGAUGUUGUGAAGCUUAUAAUUUACUAAGACAUCGUUCAUAUCAACUUAUUUCAUUGCUUGAAUUAAGUUUAUCAAUGAAUAUACCAGGAUUAAAUCGUGACUGUAUUCGAUUUGUUUUAAGAGCAUUACGAUUAGAAUUGAAUGAUCAAGAAGCGAGCCAAUAUUUUACUGAAUUAGUUCGUAAGACUUUACACUCAAAAUCUUCUAGUCUGAACUUUUUUGUACAUGGAUUGGCUCAAGUUAAACAAGCUUCUCAUGGUGGAGGUGUUUCUGGCACAAAUACAAAUGCAUCUGACAAUAAUUCCCCUCCAAUCAUAAACAAUCAAUUUGAUAAUCAUUGGAAUACAGAUAAUAAUAUGAAUAAUAACAAUAAUAAAAGAGUUAACAACAAUAAUUCAAACAUUAGUGGUAAAUUGGUUAAUGAUUCAAAGACUCGAUCCCCUCCGACUAUAAGUAAUUCCCUUUCAAAUUACACUGGAACUGGACAAAUAUUUAGUUUUAACCCGAAACGCUUCACAAAUGACUCAGAUGGAACUAUUGAUGCGAUUGUGGUGGAAACUGCGGUGAAAAAGAAAACCGACGAUAAACAUUCCGAUUAUUACUUCCCAAUGAAUGUUUGGCGGGAAAAUUGUCGAGUUCCAACUAGAGUUUAUCGUCGUGUUUCAGAUUUAGAAGAAUUAGAAACGCGAUUGCAAGAACGUUUCCCAAAUUCAGCUGUUACUAAAACUGUGUCGCAUAUCAUGAAUGCUUUAAAUUCAAUAAGUAUUAGUUCUACACGAUCUCAAGAUCAUGUGCAAUCUUUAACAGACAGCUUACUUUCAGAUGAUGAUAUUGUGUCCAAAAGUGCAAUCGUAUAUACUUUCUUUCACAGUGUAUUGUUCGAUGAAAGAUUUACUGCUGAAGACAUGCCAUCACAAGGGCUGACAACAUCAACUUCAUCAUCAUUAAUCAAUUGUUGGUCAUCUUCAUCACCAUUACAAGAUUAUUUGCCUGAAAAAUCUAAAGAAUACACAACUCCUUUACUCAUCCCAUCAUUAUCUUCAUCAUCAUUAUCAUCGUUUCAUUUGUUUCAUAAUAAUUCUGAUGAUUUAUUAACAUCAACAUAUAAAGUAGACCAUUUGCCAGCUGUACAUAUUCAGUUAUAUUUAAGUGAGAAUUCCAGACGUUUAGAUGUUUUAAUCAAGCAUGCCAGAUGUUUAUACAUCCCCGGAUCGAAUGAGCCACCAGAUGUGUAUAUAAAAGUUUAUUUACUUUCUGGCCGACGUCGUAAAACAACUAAACAUAAAACAAACAUUGUUCGACGCUCUAGCUUUCCAUCAUUCAAUAUCACAUUUUCCUAUGACCUCAUUCCAAAUGAUAUACAGUGUGGUUUUAUUGAAGUUUCUGCUUGGCAUUCUGUUCAUAUUGGUGAAAAUAUACCAUUUGGACAAAUCUACAUUCAACUGAAAUCAAUUCGUCCAGGACAUGUAUACUCAAACUGGUAUAUACUAUGCUCAGAUCCAGCGUGUUUAAGUUAA